GACACCCAGAGACAAACACACCAUCGCCUUCCCCAGCCUCCCUCUGACGAUGCAGUUGCUGCUCCUGUUUCCCAUGGUCUUUCCCCUGCCCCCUGGGUCUCAGGCUGGGGAGAUCAUUGGAGGACAGGAAGCCCGGCCUCACUCCAGACCCUACAUGGCCUUUGUGAAAAUACAGAGAGAAGGAAAGGGAGGAAACAUAUGCGGAGGGUUCCUGAUCAGGGAGGACGUGGUGGUGACGGCAGCUCAUUGUAACUGCAACCUUGGCAACAUCUCCGUGCUGCUGGGGGCCCACAACUUUGAAACAGAUGAACUAGGGAAGCAGACGAUCUGGGUACGUCGCCGAAUCCCCCACCCAGAAUUCAAUGACGAGACAUUUGAAAAUGACAUCAUGCUGCUGCAGCUGAGGGACAAGGCUGAGCUGACCCAGACUGUGGGCACCAUCCCCCUGUCCCAGAAGAAGGUGAAGAAGGGGGCAGUGUGCAGCGUGGCUGGCUGGGGACAGACCAGUAUCAAAACAAACGCCCAGCCCUCCCCGACCCUGCAGGAGGUGGAACUGACAGUUAUGAGCAAGAGCAUGUGUCUAUCUCAGCCCAUUCUGCACUAUGUCCCAUCCAGGAUGCUGUGCGUGGGGGACCCCCAGCAGAGGAAGGCACCAUUUCUGGGCGACUCUGGGGGCCCCCUAGUCUGUGAUGGGAAGGCCCAGGGCAUAGUCUCCCAUGGCACUGGUGACUGGUCAACUCCCAGUGUGUUUACCAGACUCUCCAAAUACGUGUGCUGGAUCAAGAACACUCUGCACAAGCUGAAGCCUUAGAGGGGAGUGUCUAUCUCUAGUGUGACUGGAGAGAUAGAUGGGUAUUGCAGAUGGAUGGAUAGAUAUGUAGCCAAUGAUUUUAGUUUAUUGCUCAUUUAUUGUGUGAUGUUACGAUUAAACAACAUGUUAUGCCAUACAUAAUCUUUCUAUGCUGAUUAGAGUUAAAUUGUAGGAUUACAGAAAUAUAAGAUUGGUCAGUAGUUAGAAGAGAUAAUUAGGAUUUAGGUGUCUAAGUAAGGUGGAUUCAAAUGCAAGGCCUACAGGCUGAGGCCUGUAAGAUAGUGGCUUAGCCCCACUAGGCCACAGGCUUAAGAAAUGCUUGACGUAAGUUACCAAAGAAUGACCCUAUGCCACAAGAUUACGGGGAAAGAUGUACUGGUGCUGCGAAAAAUGAACAAUAAGAGUAAUUUUUUCCUUACAAGAUCCCCAGUAGUGACAUUUUUCUAACAUGUGCCUUAACUGCAGGGUGCGCAAUGUGCAUAAAAGCUAAUGAGGCAUAGCUGUAACCACAUUAUAAAAAGAGGAUGCCCAGAUUAGGAAAAUUGAGCUUCCUAUUGGAAACACCAGCAGGAAUCACCCCUCUAGUGAUGAUCAUUUGGCAAGGCAGCAAUUAGACCUUUAAAAUAUCACUAAAUGAUGUGAGUAUAACAAUAUUUGUAACAUGUGAACAGAUCUUUAUAUAAUUUCUAUGUGCUUGGUUAAUCAUAACUUUAACUGUAACUUUAAUAAA